ACAAAUAUGGGUCAGAACACCCCUGGCCUUGUGCUGGAGUGCGAAACUGAGGAGCUCUCCCAGGCACAGCUCAGCAAAAAGAGGAAAGCUCAGGAUGAUAUUCACCGACUCCAUAUCUUGCUAAACAACACACUGAAUAAUGUACAGUCUGAUAAUGCUGGGACUCAAGCCAUGGUGAAUGGGGGCAGUGCAGUGCCAGCUGGACAGGUGGUAACCACAGCCAGUCAACCAAUCACUAGUGGCGCAAAUGUGGUUGGUCUACAAAUGCCUCAUUUCUUGCUUCUCCAAAAUGGCCAGAUGAUCGCAACAACUGCCCUUGCCUCAAAUGGUCAAAUUUGUCCCACGACUUCAGCUACCAGUACAGCAGUAGUGCAGUCCAGUCAACAGGUGUCAGCUGUCCUUUCUUUACCUCAGCCGGUGUCAGUUCCAAAUAAGCCAAAGAAUACUGCAGCCCCACCUGCAGUGGGUCGACCUACAAGAGUAACAAGAACGAUGACAAAAACUGUGAUACCAAACCCAACUACUGGAACCCCAGACAUACAGGUGCUGCGUGAAAUGAGAACACCACCCCAGUCUCAGGCUUCUUCUGCAAAGGCACCUACUACAACUGCCCCUCCUGCAAGUGCUACAGUGACCAACAGUGAGAAUAACAAGAAUUUCCCCAUGUUGAGUGUCACUGCCAGGCCAAAGAAUACUGUGCCACCAGCUGUUUUCAUGGCACAGAGGAAAGAACUUGAUGCAAAGGUCAAGUCUGUACUGGUUAAAACGUCCCAGGAAUUUGUUGAGUGGCUUCUGGGAGAGGGGUUGAUUCGGACCUCACAGUUCUGCCCCACUCACAAGCAGUCCAACCAGACACCUGUCAAGCUCAAGUUGGGGAUGUUCUCGGACCCCAAGGUACUAACAAUGAGCGGCGGUUAUGUGUGGCUCAGUGAGUGCUGUGGGAAGAAGUACGUGUCAGUGUUCAGCGGCUCCCUCUUUGGCUCCACCCCCAUCGACAAGGUUCCUCCUACUUCGGUGUUGAAGCUCAUUUACCAUUGGUCUUGCCAGACGUCUAUAGCCAAUGUAGAAACUUGGGUUAAGGUGGACAAGAAUUUCAUCAACAAGAUGUACCAGUACAUGAGAUGUAUUUGUUCUGUCAUGCUCCAAGAUAAGGUGUAUGACUUUGGCUUUGAUGGAACUACAGUGGAAUUGGGCAUCGUAAGCCUUGGCACAAGUACAGCUGAUGGCACAAAGAAGGCAGUGAAGGUUGAGAUCCUGGGCCUCUACGAUCGUAAAAUGAAAUCUUAUCGUCUAUUUGCAUCUGAGCCUGAGCCUGGAAGUUCAUCUCGGCAGAGAUUUAUUCGCAUUUUGAAGCCCAUGGAGCGCGUUGUCCAUGCUAAUGCAAUUAUUUUGUGUGAUCUUUCUGUUGAUAGGAACUGUUUAUAUAAUAUGAAUUAUGCAAAGGUGAGCGUAUGUGAGACCAGUGAUAAUGAAGAUAACCUCCACUCCAAUGCAAGGAUCAUGUCUUACUUAAGACGGCAUGUUCCCAAAAUGUUCCAGAGCACACUAUCACAGCUUACCCUUCAACAAGUGCAAGUGGUAUUGGAUGAGCUGUGUUGGCGUGAACGCUAUGGGCAUAGUGCUGCUCAGGCUUAUAAUAACAUGAUGGAACAUAUUACGUACCUCACUGCAAAGGAAGCAGAAAACCCUGGUGUGCUUCACCUCCUGGACUUCGUGUCUCAGAACCCUCUCAACAACUGGCGGUACAAGAGCCAGCAUUUCCCAAGGAAUCCCACUGCCCUUCAGCCCUCAGUUAUCAUGACCAGCCCAGGACCCAGUGCCAUCACUCCACAGAUCAGCGUGGAACCUUUGCAUGCAGUCCAGUCUCCAGUCGAACACAGUAAUAAAGUUACUUUGGCUCCACGAAAGACACCAAGCAUUCCAGCAGAAUUACCAAAGAAAGUCCCAAAGCCUGUCACCACAUCAGUUCCCAGCUCGCCAGAUGCAGUUGAGUUGGAGCCAUUCUAUUAUGGCCAAAUUCAGGGAGACAAAUCACUUGGCCAGGAGGUUAAUACUUACACAUUCACCUGCCACAUCUGUCAGAAAGAAUACAAGAGCAAUCUAGCCUUCUAUGCUCAUCUCAAACUUCACCUCAAUCGUGUUGAUCCAGAUAACAAGUUUUGUUGCAACUACUGUACUCAAUAUUUUGAUACAGAGAAGAAGCGAGAUUACCAUCACAAAUAUUUUCACCUGCAGAUGGACAAUCGGUACACAUGGUGUCGCAUCUGCACAGAGAGCUUCCAGGGAGAGUACCAGCUGGUGAACCACAUGGCAAAGAAGCAUUACGAGAGUGAACUGCCUUACCGCUGUGAAGUCUGUAACUUUGCCACGUCUAUUUACUAUAGUGUUGUUGACCAUUUCAAAAAGGAACAUGAGAAUACACCCUACGUCCAAUGCCACUACUGUCUCUCAGUUAAGACUAUCAACUCAGCAUCAGCAAGCUCCUUCUCACACAGGAUGUACCAGCAUUUGCAGAAACAUGCAUCACAACAAGGAAACUGUAGAUUCUGUUGUCUAACUUUCUAUAGUAAAUACUUGUUAGACGAACACAAGAAAAAGGAUCAUGUUAGUCGUGCAAAUGUAACCGGCUUACAAAGGUAUAAAGUCCCUCAAGGUGCCAACAAAAUUCUUUUCCGUCCAUGUGUGAAACGCGGACAGCCACGCCCAAGUAGUGAAAGCUCUUCUGGCAGCCAAACUCCAUCAAACAUCGUUGCAAUCUCCUCAACUCAGCAAUACCUGGAUAAUGUUACUGUCAACACUGGAGAUGACGACAAGACAUACUACUGCAUUGAAUGUGAUGCAAGCCUUACAUUAGAACAGCAUUUCAAAGCUUAUCAGAAGUGCACCAAGUGUACAUAUGCUACUUGCUGCCGAAGCAUGAUAAGUAAACAUGCUCACGUGUUUCAUCCGAUGGGAAGGACGAGGAGAACUUAUUAUAAUUUAGGCCCACCAAUUGUUCUUCCUAAGCCACUAUUUUGUAUUUGUGGCUUUAGCUCACGAAGUGGAAAUCAUCUUGCUCGACAUUUGGCACUCUGCGAUGGAGGCAGAAAGUCUGCCUACCCCUCUGUGAUGGAUGCCAUGGUGUACAGGGGAGACCACUUAACAGGAGGAGCAGUAUCGCUGGCCAACUUGGGUCUCGGUAGCCUGGCCCUGAGUGGCAUGCUGGCCCCAGAACUACUUCCCCCAGCCCCUGAUGAGCCAGGGACUGAGACCUCAAUAGACAUGACACAUUUCAUGAGCAUGAGCAUGGAGGUGGAUGAUGAAUGAUGAUUGCCCUGAACUAUCUGUGAACUCAACAGGUUAGGAAAGUUUUGUGACGUGUAUUUGCUCAUGUUUUUUUUAAAUUUUGGUCUAGGUUUUUUUUUUUUUUUUUUUAUUAUUAUUGAUAGUGUUACAUUGAGCAAAAGGUCAUAGCCUUGAAUAUAAGAGGUAUUGCCACACCUGGAAAUUCUAUAGAAGCAUUGGCUACCAUUUGGAAAAAAAUUGUGAUUUAUUAGGACCUUAGUUAGAUACAUAUGUUCAUGUUUACUAGAUUUUUAAAAAUUAAUUACAAUAAUGUAUCUUUUUUGGAAGUCAUAAGUGAGAAAUAUUUGAGUGAGUGAUGCUUUGCGUGAUUUUAUUUUUUUGUUAAAGUUUAUAUCAUUUUAUAUAUAUAUUUCUUCUUUGUCUUUUUAUAUUGCUCUACAAAUUUGCACAAAAAUACAUUUAUGAUAGAUGAUGUUCAGCAUUAUGAGAUCUCUAGUUUUCUUAUGCUUUGCAAGAGUCUAGUAGUUAUAAUUUGUCUCUUGUUUUCUAUGUGAUAUUUUAAUGUGAUAGGGAUUUUUUUCUUUUGCCCAUAACUAGAAGAAAAAAAGUGGGCAUGAGGAUGAGUAGGUAUGCAAAAAUUUCAUAUUGUUUUACUAGAGAAUGAUCACGGAGGUCUUGCAGGAGUUGCUGUAAUUUAGUCUGUGGAUGUGUUUAAAAGGUUUGGGGGGGGAGGGGGGAUUGGUGAAGUUCACCUAUUGGGUCAAAACUGAGGUCCGGUUUGGCUGAUAAGUUAAAACCAGGGGAAGAAAAAUAGUUGUAGGGAGUGAUUCAAAAAGGAAUGAAGAAAAGGACCUUUUUGUGUUUUAAAAGGUGAAGUGCAAUAAUUUUUCAUUUUCAAGUGGAAAAUUAUGCAUAACUAUCAGUUAGUGAAUUUGAAAUCAUCUAAACUGAAAAUUACCGUAGACUUCAGGUUAAAGUUGCAAACUCUCUAUUCUGUAUCAGGUCUUCUGUACUGAAGAUGAAACUAAAUCAAAAAGGCAAAUAACUUUGGUUUGUCAUGAUUUUCAUAGGAAUAUAUGUGUGGUAUUAUCUUGCACAUGAAUGAAUGUUUUAGUUUUCUUUUUACUGUUUAACUUAAAGCUAAUAAUGUAGUACCUAUCUCGUUAUUGCCUUUUUUCCUGGAAAGAGUUAUGUAUUGGAAUAUUUAACUAAAGAUUGAUUUUUUGAUGGCAGUAAAGGUUAACAACUUUACAAUAUAAACUGUUAUUAAAAAGAGAGAGAGAGAGAGAGAGUUACAAAAGUUUAUAAUGAGAGCUACAGUAACCAUUAAAUGGAUUGCAGCAAUUUUUUUGUAUUAUUGCCUCAUUGUGAGAGUCCAAUUUCUUCAACUCUAUUGACCACUUCAACACGAAGCUCAAACGUACACUGCACAAACAUAUAUUAUGUAAUUAAUGGCGUGAAAGGUAUACAGAGCAAAUGCUAAUCAUAUAUUUACCUGUUGAUAAGAUGUUUGUGGUCAGGUCUUUUUUCUGCAACCAUUUUUUCUGAUGUCAUGUUAUAGUUCUGUGAAAGAUGUCCCUAUGUUUUACUUGCCAUUUGAUUUCUAAAUUUUAUUCUGCUUUAUGGUAGAGAAAGUGCACUCGCAUAACAUAUUUGCUACCAAACAUUGGGUCACAUGCUGCUGAAUGUUGCCAUCCUAAAUACAUUACAUGAUUAAUAACUGUAAUAAAUGCAGUAAGCCUGCAGUUAAACUAGGCUCAUUUAUGAGACCAGGAGAGAAAAACACAUUCUGCUUUUAGUUGUCAGGUUUUUAUUCUACUCUCAUUUUAUAUGAUUUAGGCAAUGUAUAGAAAACAGAUACAUAAAAGAAGUAAGGGUGGUAGGUAGUUUUCUUUAAUUUUUUUUUUGCAGUAUGUGUAGACAUCAGACUUGCAUUUUUACUUUUUCCAAAUUACUAGUUUUAUUGAAAUUCAGUAACUUUGGAAAUUCUUUGGUUUUAAAAAGCAUUUAAUAUCCCAAGUACCAUAUUACAUGGUCAAAAACAUGUUUUGUUCAAGAUUCUUCACAUUUAUAGAAGAAACUCACUCAGUAUUCCAGUGUAAUUGUGGUCAGGUGUUUAAUAAUUGGAUAUUCAACAAAAUAAUCCUUGUUUGACUUCUGUAUGUGAUUAGAAACUACACAAUUUUUUUAAAUAUAUUUUUUGCAGAUAUAGGCAGUUUAGGCAGUACAGAAAUAAGGGAAAAUGUUCUCCCCAAUCAUUCGGAUUUACUUUGGGGUAUUCAAAGAAAAGAUAUCAGAAAAUGUACAGAGUACCAUUAGCUGACUAAGGCUAAACCUUUUGUACUCAUAUUGUGAAUUGUGUAUGGAAAAUGCGGUUCCUUAAGUUUUUGGCAAUAUACUGUAUUAAAUGGCUUUUAAGAUAUGAAAAGUUUCAGUCAGUUUAUGGAUUUUCAAGUUUUUCAGUGGAAAUGAGAGAGGGGGAAAGUGGGAGAUACUGCAUAGUGUUUUAAUAGAGCCAAAGUCAUAGUGCUAGUGUAUUGAGACAAAAUACAGAGAAAGGUAAAAUUGUCAACUGUUUGUGUCAUGUACAUAAAACCAGUCACAUGUUAUGAGUGAGCCCAUUUGCAUUGGGGUGUCCAUUUUCGUAGAAUUACAUAGAUUUCAAGGAUAAAAUUGAUAGUCUUGGGGUAUUUAGAAUACUAAAAUCUGUGUUGCCCCCAGUAUUAUCAUCUAGCUCCCACUGGGGACCAGUGUCUCCUCCAGAAUUCAGCUAUAUCUCUGACUUUUUCGUUGACUUACAGUUCUUAUGUUUGAUAUAUAAUACACAGAUUUCAGCAGAGAACAUUUAGCUAAAAGAAACCUAUAACUGCAUUUUAUGCAUGUAACCUUAAAUCAUAGCAUAAGGUGUAUAACAUGUAUGUAAAAUAACAUUUUAAGGGAGGGUUUUUGUAUUUCUUGUUAGUAGUGUAAUGCAUCAUUAUUGUGAAAAUAUUUCAGUAUCUUAUUAUUCUAAAUUCUCCAUAAAACAAGAAAACCAACUGGAAACAUUUAGUACAUUGUUUUAUUGUAUUAUGCACCUUAUUCAGCUUGUUAUAAUUUUCAAUCGGUGUUCCUACCCAUGAGAUGCAUUUGAUAGGAAAAAGAUAAUGUAUCUUAUUAAUAGAUUCCAUGUUAAUUUUGAAACAUACCAACUCACAAUGGGAUCUCAUCGCACCAUACUGAGUUGUGUGCCAGGCAUCACAUACAGUCAGCUGAUUUAGUGAAAAUUUUUAAGCAAAGGAAACUUGUAUUUACUAUCCUUGCUAUGCUUUAGGCUAUAGCAUACACAGUCUUUUUGGGAAAAGAGGCUAAUGAGAGAUCUGCAUUUGAAGGGCCUUAUCUUUAAAGUGAUUGUAGCUGGAUCAAACAAGUGAACAACUGCUAAGAGCACACAACUUGAGCAAGCCUGACUGCUCACAGAAUGUGGGUAAAUGUCAUCUGGUGUGAGGCGGAUGGAGCUCUGGCUGGAUUUGGCUGGGCACUCAGAAUCGUCCACACAGGAUUAUCUCACAUUAUCCAGCUUGUAGAGAGAAUUUUAAAUGAUUGAUGUAUGUAUUCUUAUGACAAAAUUACAUAGCACAAUGAAGUAGGAUUGCCAUACAUCAACUGUAAAGAAUAAUUUAUUGCAGCAUUAGUUCACAGACAAGGUCUUUGGCUACUGUGAAAGAGAAGGUUGUGUUAGAGUACAGAAAGGACUUGUCCCUAGAAUUUACUGGCCUUCAGGUGAUGAUUUUCACACUGCUAUCAACUGUAGCAAAUUCAGUGAAGAGCAUUGCAGAAAAUCCACUAUGCUCAAAACAGGCUUAUUGAAAAAUAUGAUAUCAGUUUUGAAAUCCUCUUGGAUUUGAUUUUCAGCCAUUUGUUUACUGAUGUUUACUGUAUUUAUUUCAUUAGGUAGAUAAAGGUAACAGAAAUAAUCUGGUUAACGUAAUGACAUUAUGAUCCUGUGUUAACAUACACAAGGACAUAUUUCUAUGUCAGAUAUCAAACUAGUCAGUUUAAAAUACAGAAAAUAAUUUGUACUAUAAUGUGCAGUAUUAUAUAAAAAAAAUCUUAAAAAAUGAAUAAAUAAAUAAAAAUAUAUAUAAAAAAUUUAAUUGAAUACUUAAGGCAUGAUUCAACUGGUCUUGUGUAUGUGCAGGUAUGGCUGUAAGCUCGGCUAUCUGGGCCAAAUUGCGUCACUUUGGUGCAAAGUCUGGGGGCUGAGGGGAGCCAGCGAUAACACAACCGAGAGCCUGUUUUUCCUCAGGUAGCUAGGGGCUUUCCAGGAUGCAAUUUAAAAUUAUUGUCUAAUUUGUUUAAAAAUUAUCAAUAUAAAGUCAAUAAAAGUUAUAUUAGAGAUUUUAUAUAAAACAUUUAGUUAAUAAUCCAAAAAUUUGUUUUUUAUUACCAAAAAACAAAUAAACAAGAAAUGGCUGAUUUGACACUGAGGAUCUAUGCUUGCAUCGACGGUCUGUCAAUCUAGUGUUAAUCAUUCUGAAACUGUAUAUCUGUUUCCGUACUUCCUUUAAAAAAAAUAUACGUGAUAAAACAGGUUGUGCUCCAUGUUGCUCAAACAAGAAGUUCUAUGUGCAGGCAAAUACAGUCUAUUAUGGUGGUGUUUUUAUAGGUGAAACAUAAGCCUGGCUGGGCAUUCAGACACAAGUCAAGUCUUAGACGAAAAAAGGCCAGUUGAACCGCACCUUUACCUUAAGAAAAUUUUAACCACUGAUACUUAUGGCAAUAAUGCUUAAAGUUUGUGUUGUUUGUCAUAAUAUGUAUUACCAGAAACCGACAGUAACAAACAAUAAUCAGAAAUGGAUUUGAAAUAAAAGAAGUUAUAAAAAGAUUACUCUCUAGAAAAAGGGUAGGAAAGCUAUGGUCAGUUGUUUAUGUGUGUGUAUUGUUGCAACUCUCUGCUAGACAACAACAAAAUUAUUAUGAAAAAAAAAAAAAAAAAAAAAAAAAAAAAAAACAAUAAUGACAGAAAUGGAAAAAGGUAAAAGAGUUUCAUUUGGCAAAAUGGGUUGUAGGCCUACUAAUAAAGCUAUUGCAUAAAUUGACAUUACUUUCGUUCUCACUUUCCAUUUUUAUAUAUAUAGACUUCUUACAAGUCAGCCAAGUCAUUAUCAAAUCUCAUCACUUUCACUGCCAAACAAGAGCUGAAACAUAUUGCAUUUCAUGCUGGGCUUCUUAGCAAGGGUCAUGGGGUAAGGAGGGCUAUAGUGUGUCUGUCCCUAAUAAUUGCACACCGAGAAAACUCGGGGAAAUUUUAUGCAUUGGUGUGAUGUGCGAGACUACAAAAGGGGAAUUUGACUCAAACUCAAAAUGGUGGGAAAAGCCAAAUUGUCAUAAUAAUGGUAAGUUCAUAUACAUAUAGUUCAACAUCAACUGAUGAUGAUUGAACUUUAAGGGUUAAAUUGAAUGUUAUUGUUGUGAGUGUUAUCAAUGAGAUAAAUUUGCCUUUUACAUCUCCUAUUUUCAUACUUCAUACAAGGAUCUGUAAUAGUCACAAUUUUCAUGUUAAUAGAAAAUAGUAAUGAAAAUAAGUUCAUUCUCAUAGACAAUAACCAGGGAUAAAACAAAAAAAUCUUGUAAGCAACAAAUAAGGCUUUCUAUCCAGUAAUAUGGAUAAUGGGGCAUAGUUAUAGUCUAAUAUCUGUGUUAAUAAUGAAUAAUAUAUGGUAUUAUACCUUACUACUGGAAUCUGAUACACCUUAGCAAACUAUUUUCAAUCUGAAUGGUCCAUUAGCCAGUGAGUUUGUUCAUCAUUUGAACAAAUAUUUACAUUCCUUAAGUCUCUCCUGCAAUAAGUUGUGCCAUAUAGUGAUCUUGUUUGCUGUGCAUUUCAUAGGUUCACUAAUAUGUUCUCUUUUUUUGUAUUACUUUUUCUUAAGUGUACCUCAUUCAAAAAUACUGAGUAGACAUAAGGAAAGAAAGUAUUUGUAAGCAUUAAUGCUUUUAUAAAUGUUUCUUAAUAAGUAAAGCUUCAUCAGUGUAGAAGAGAAUUAUUUCCCAUAUUGAUCAACUUCCCCCAAACAACUUGAGUGUGUGUAUAUUUUGUAUUCUUAAUAAAGAUUUGAUAAUUAA